AUGAAUCUGAAACUCGUUCGAACCCUGCGCAUCGCCGUCCUUGAGUGCGACACUCCGCUGCCGGAGACUAAGAAAAGAUUUCAUGGUUAUGGCGGUGUCUUCGAAUUUUUACUUCGGUCAGGGGCCAAAGCCUUGGGGCGAGCCGACUUGGAUCCCGACAGUAGCCUCGAGUUUUCGUUCUGGCAGGUUGAGUUGAACCCGGACCAGUAUCCCAAUCCCGAUGACAUUGAUGCCAUUUUGAUCACCGGCUCCAGACACGACUCGUUCGCAGACACACCCUGGAUCAACAAACUGGUCGACUAUACAGCGAAGAUCCUGUCAGAAACCACUGUCCGCGUGAUUGGCGUGUGCUUUGGCCACCAGAUCGUGGGUCGGGCUUUGAAAGCUGAGGUUGGGCGAAACCCUGAGGGCUGGGAAGCGGCAGUGAAUGAUGUCCAGCUGUCGGAAAAGGGGAAGGAAGUCUUUGGCGUGGACAAGAUUCGCCUCCAUCAAAUGCACCGCGACUGUGUCUUCUAUUACCCAGAGGGCGUAGAAGAGCUUGGAUCCUCGCCUGUUUGCAAGGUCCAAUCCAUGUAUUCACCGAAACGGCUCCUUACUGUGCAGGGCCACCCCGAGUUCAACCAGGAAAUCAUGACAGAAAUCAUCAACACACGACAUGCCACAGGUAUUUUCGAUGACAAGGCAUUUAAGCAACACAUGACCAAAGUGAACCUGCCACAUGAUGGGUUGAUUGUUAGUCAAGCGUUUCUGAAGUUCUUAUUGGAAUAG